AAGCCUUUCAGCCGGAACCGGCACCUUCCAGUAAUUUGCCACAAUGACAAGCACAAAGGGAAAGAGGUGGGGAAGCCGGUAUACGUUCUCUAGGCCUUUUAGGAAACAUGGGGCUGCUCCUUUGGCCACAUUCACGCGAGUCUACAAAAAGGGUGCUAUUGUAGACAUCAAGGGAAUGGGUGCUGUUGGGAAAAGAAUCCCACACAAAUGUUACCAUGGCAAGGCUGGAAGAGUCUGCAGUGUUACCCGGCGUGCUGCUGGCGUUGUUGUAAACAAGCAAGUUAAGGGUGAGAUUCUUGCCAAGAGGAUUAAUGUGCGUACUGAGCAUACUAAACACCCAAAGAGUAGUGAUAGCUUCCUGAAACGGGUCAAGGAAAAUGAUCAGAAAAAGAAGGACGCCAAAGAGAAAGGGACCUGGGUUCAGGUGAAGCGCCAGCCUGCCCCGCCCAGAGAAGCGCACUUCCUGAGAAACGACGGGAAGGAGGCUGAGUUGUCGGAACCUGUUCCCUAUGAACUCACGGCAUAAGCUGGGGGCGUAGCUCUGCCAUGCAGCUCCCAGUUAGCGGCCGAGUGCCCUAAGCCCGACUUAAAAAAUAAAAAAUCAUCCUGUGUUGUAAGGAUGGUUUCCUAAUUGAG